AUGUCUCUGGCGAGCUCUUGGGUGCCCCGGGGGGAGGAGUUCAUAGGGACGGAGCAGUGGCUGGGCUACGAGUCGCUGUUUGCUUCCGUGGAUAUUUUGCACUGUGCACUGUUGUUUAUUCUCCUCGUGGGGUUUCUUCUCGCUUCCUUCACAGAGGAUGCCUCCAGCGACUCUCUUCGCGUCUCGUGGAUCGCCACGCAACUUCUGCCGCGCCCGCGCUCUCAGCCGGGCAUGGGGGCAGGCGGCCUUACCGACGUGCAGCAAAUGCUGAACAAGCUGGCGGAGCAGAAGGCAGCGCAACGGCUCAAGACAAUCGUGCAGCCGCUGAUGGAGGCUGUGGAGGAGGGUCGAUUGUCAGAACUGAUCUCCGACACCGUGAGCAGGUUCCGGGACAACGUCGCCUUCUACGCGCGCGUGCUGUACGUGCGGCGAUUCGCCGAGGGCACCCGCCAUCUCUUUUACAUGGCUCAGAAGAUUAAGCUCGGCAUUGAAGUGCGCCCGGGUGAAUCCGAGGUUUCAACUUACGUAGAGGCCAAGAAAGCACUCCAGGAGGAUAACAGGUGGCCCUUCAUGGUGGAGAUAUCAGACGUUAAGAGCGAUCAAGUCACUUGCGCAGGGAACAAAAAGGCUUACCCGAUGAGCUCGUACAGCUACCUCGACUUUAUUCGAGAACCCCAAGUGCAGGAGGCGGCGAUUGCAGCAGCUCGUGAGUGGUCCACUGGUUCGCACGGGGCGCGGAUGUUGGGUGGCAAUUCAACAAUUUUGAGGGACUUAGAGCGAGCGGUUGCUCGGUAUUACGGACGCGACGACGCGUUGCUGUGUGCUACGGGUUUUCUGGCGACGAUGAGCGCAGUGGCGGCGGUGUCUAAGAAGGGAGAUUUGAUUGUAGCAGACAACCGGGCGCACGCGUCUCUCAGGACAGGCAUGUGCAUUAGCGGCGCGCGGUAUCUCUUUUUCAAGCAUAACAACUACGCCCACCUCAAGCGGCUGCUGCAGAAGGAGCGCAGCAAGGCCAGGAACUGCUGGAUCGUAAUUGAGAGCGUGUAUUCGAUGGAAGGCGAUAUUGCUGAUCUACCGGUUGUCCGCUCUCUCGCUGAUUCGUUCAACGCGAAGAUUAUUUGCGACGAGGCGCAUGGGCUAGGGAUAUUGGGUGCGACGGGCAGAGGCCUGGAGGAGUACUUCAACAUGCCUGGCGCUUGCGAGGUAUUGUGCGGCACGUUUUCCAAGUCUAUAGGGGGAGUUGGGGGUUUCAUCACCUGUAAGAGGCCCCUCGUAGACUUCAUGGAUUUCCACGCGCCGGGUUCUGUCUUCUCUGCCUCACUGACUGCAUACUCGGCUGGAGGGGCGCUUAAGGCGUUUGAACUUAUGACAGGAACACAGCAGUGGCGUAUUCAGAAGGCCCAGGAGAACGCGCGAUACUUGCGGCACCUUAUUGAGACGGGAGACGGACACUGGCCGGCAGACUACCCUGAAGAGCUUAAAUACGAAGUCGAAGGCAUGUCCUGCACAACUGUCAUUCCCGUCGUCUUUCCCAACAGCCCCCAGCGCAUGUUCCGCAUCACCACAUGCCUGCUUGACAAGGGCUUCUACUGCGCCGCUGCCGCCUUCCCCGCUUGCCCCCUCCUUAGACCAAGAUUGCGCAUCACAGCAACUGCAGCAUACUCAAAGGAGCUCAUGCAUGCAUUCGUCAGGGCGCUUGUUCAAACCACAGUUGAGAUGCUCCCUGACGAUCAACAUAACAAGAAGACGCCACGGAUGCAGGCGACGACGACCAAGACGAAGUGA